AUGUUUUCUUCAUCGCUUCGUCGUCGAUGCUUCAGCGUGCUGAGAUCAGCCCAUCCUCCUGUCCGGAAGAGCGUCCCGGUGACGUGCGGCUCGGGGGGCUCAGUGGAAGUCGACUUGUACAACGUCGAUGAGUUUUCGCCUACAAAGGUCCUCUUCCUGCAUCUGCCUUCGCUGCCGGACAGUGCCCAUGGCGUGAGGCAACUGCCGGAGUUUCUGCACGACUGGCCCGUUGCCAGCAUCAACUACCGGUGGGCAACCGAACCUCCCCGGGCCGCAAGCCAGGACGGGGAGCAUGUCGACGAUGACUACUCAGUCGACUGGCCGGUGCCAAUCCACGAUGUGGCAUUUGCCUACCAAUGGGUAGUCGAAGCGCUGAAGCCCCCGUCCAGCGGCCGCGGCAACAUCUACGUCUACGGCUCUCACCUCGGCGCCGGCCUGGCCAUGUCGCUCUCCCUGACAAACGCCCACCCGCACAAGCGCUUUGCCGUCCGCGGCGUCGCGGCCUACAACGGCGUCUACAACUGGACCAUGUUCCUGCCGGGCCACAAGGUCCGCGGCGCCAAGUCCGCGAGGGCCGCAUGGAGGGCGCUGCAACGCAACAACGGCAAUCUCAGGCUCGACGCCCUGGGCGACAGGCUCGUGGCCCUGUUCCAAGAGCCGCACAACCUGUUCGACCCCUUUGCGAGCCCGAGCCUCUUCUUCCACAACCCGGGGCUGGCCAUUCCCGAGUCGUUCUACGCGUCUGCCGCGUAUGCCAGCCUCGUCAACGCCAUGAAGGGGCAGCAUGACACGUCGGACGAGACGUUGGAGGCGUCUCGCAGAUCCCACCUUGUGUUUCCCCCGAGAGCGUCGACUCUCAAGAUUCCCGAAACGCUGCUCUUGCACGACGCACCGUCGAGGUCCAAAGUCGUAGAUACGAGACACACGUUCAUGGCGCAGGCAGCUGAAAUGGCCAGCUUCAUGCGGCGGAGCAUCGAAAUGGUCGAGCUUAAGGAGCGGGCCAAGUGGGAUGAAGACGCGCAGCGGCUGGCAAGAGAGCCGGAGCGCAGAGUGCAGGUCGUCGAGGUGGGACAAGAGGGCGAGGAGCUUGGGUUGAACGACGCUGGCCAGCAAGCUGUUUUGGAUUGGUUGGGAAGCCUCAAUAUACGAUGA